AUGCUUCCACAGUUUCGUGAAUUCCUGGAUCCGAAUGAACUGCUUAAGGGUGAAGUUGAGGAGACGACUGACAAAGUUCACCAAGUCCUCGUAUUAAUUCAGCACAUCAAGGAUACAUAUCGCAACAAGCGAGAAAACCUCCGCAUCUAUUUCGAGGGCAACAAGGACUGUCCGGGGCAGCCAAACGCCUAUAUUCCAUGGGACUUCCCUAUGCAACUCGUGUUCUCUAGAUUGGAUGCAUUUUAUGAUCGAGUCAAAACUAUUAAUGUAGGCUUACUAUGUGAACGCUAUCACUUUUGA